AACGGGUUAUGUUGAAUACAAAGAAUCUCUACACAAAAUGUUGACAGUUAUGUGUCCAAACUGUCGUCACCGAUUUCCAGCACCAGGUUGUUGCGAACUUGAAAACAUGGACAGAGAUAAUGCCUUAAUUCAUCCAGCAACCUGUUACUAUGGUGGCCUGCUAGUUCCUAAAGGCUACACAAGCGGUGGUGGUUGUUUUAUAAAUGCACCAACUAUCAUCCAUAGUCAACCUAUUAUUAACUCUUUUAACUAUCCAUCAAAGACUGUUGAUUUGGAGAAGCCGAGAAUCGAAAAACAGAAAGACAGCAUUCAUCAGGCGUCUAGAAGAGAUGCACAGAUACUUGGAUUUUCGUUAAUCAACGAAGAGAUUGAUAAGAACGAAGAGGAUUCUGGAUAUCAGAUAGCCACGAGUUGCGACUUGACCGGAGGAAACGUAACAAUAACAACUCCAAGUAUACAGUCCGGAGGUUGUUUGAUUCAGAGUACAGAUUCUGGGAUCCAUAUGCAAAUACCGCGUAUGGAAAUCCGUCCAAAAUUGUCUGGUGGUGGAUGCUUUGUACAAAAGACAUUGUCGACUGAAAAUCACGAGACUUCGAUCAUACUUCCAGAACAAAAGAGUCAGCAACAGAAUGGUAAUUGCAACGAAAGGAUGUUCUUGCUACCCCCAAGCGGGUGUCAAGAACUACCAGGAACUAGAAGAAACAUUCUACCGCAAAAGGCGGAAGAAAAGCCGUCGAUAGGAAAUCUAAACGAAGGAAAUAGCGAGGAGAAGUCGCCUUUCUCGAAUUUCCAAGUAACCGGUGUGCCGGUGAUGCACUUUCAGCAGCCUAAAAAUUCCAAGAAAAGUGAACAAGAAUCAGGACAAGGAGGAAAUUGCAAUUGCUGUUGUAACAACGUUCAGAAUGUUUAUCACGUUAAAUCGAAGAGUCCGCCAGCUUCUGAAAAUCAUAAUUCCAUGGUCCUGGAUUCGAAUUCACUUCAAAUCCAAGUGAAUGCAACUGUACAGCUGCCUGCAAGUCUGGGACAGUGUACAGUGAACAUAACUGCAACUACGACAAGUUCCCCAAACUCUUUAUCGAAUACAACAUCAAAAACUAGAAACAAUUUUAACGGCGGCGGUUUGGUGCAAGAAAACGAAGCUCGGAAUAAUCAAGAAAACUUUGAGGAAAGAAGAGACAGGACUCCGACCACGCCUGUGUCGUGGUUGAUGCCGUGUCCAUGGAGUUUUGAUAGUUACAUGAUGGAUAGAAACGCGGCUAAACUCUGUGAAGUUAAAAGACUUUUACAAAUUUGUGGUUGGUACCACGAAGGCCUUAGUUGGCAGCAAAGUGAAAAUUUAUUAAAAAAUGCCCCGGUUGGCCGAUGGUUGAUGAGGGACAGCUCAGACAGUAGAUACAUGUUCGCUGUGUCUGUACAGACUGCUAGAGGACCCACCUCUGUUAGAGUUCAUUAUUUUUUGGGACAAUUUCGAUUAGACGCCGAACCUAGACUUGCUUUCGCGAUCCCGCUCUUUGAUUGUCCGAUAAAAAUGUUAGAAUAUUACGUAGAAUAUUCGAAAAGCGUUGACGAGCAUAGAAAAGAAGUCUGGGUAGAUUACAGCGGACAGCUUUAUAGUGAAAUUUAUUUGACGAAACCAUUGGUCAAGGAGGUCAUGUCUCUUAGUCAUUUGGCCAGAUUAGUUGUUAAUAGGUGUAAGCUACCAACUGAUCACUUGCCACCAUUAAUUAAAAAUUAUCUUGCAGAAUAUCCUUACAGUCUUUGAAAAAUGAUAUUCAUUAUUUUCUGAUUUCUGGAUUUAUUAGUUUAUUUCGAAUCAUUAGCAAAAUGGAACUGAUAAAAUACUUUGAUAGAAAUAUUUCAAUUGACAUGAAAGCAUAUUUUAAUUUCGUAAAAAUUCAUAAUUUCUGUCAAUCUAGAAAAUCAGAAACGCCCAAGAAUCUUUAUUUUUAUACGUUUAAAAAUAAUUUCUAUCCGUACGCAUAUUUAUAGUAAAAUGUACAGUCUAAAUGUAAACCUACACUUUCGUAUGAUUAAUUAUCAACUAAAAGUGACUCUUGAGACUUAAUUAUUUAAAAAAUACGUAAAUUUUAAUUGUGAUGACCAGAUUUUGAAAGUUAAACGAAAGUGUACGUGUGUGUGCCUUUUUUAUAGUCAACAAAGCAUAAUAUUACAAGAUUAAUUAUUUGACCGAGUUUCUGUUUUACAUUGAAGAGUUUCUCGAACAGGGUACCAUUUACAUACCUUGUUUCGAUCAAUCAAAAUUUUUCCUUUUUAUUAAUAACUUACGAAAUUCCUCGUUUUAGUGUUUCUUGACUAAACAGAUAGACCAGGCAAACAAGGUAAUUCCAUUAUAGAAUUAUAAUCAAAAUUACAAAUGAAAAGUAUUUCAAUUUCUUAUAGAACUCGGUCGGUUCUGAUAUUCUUGAGCAAUGAUCGGCAAUCUGUAACGCAUAAAAUUGCAAAUUAUUGCUCCGAACAUAAAAUUCUUUAAGAAUAGUAAAAAUGAUAUUAAAUCGGCUUCAAUAAAGAAAUCGUAAGGCAGUAUUAGAAUCUAAAGCGUUGACUUGACUCUUCGUUUUCCGAUAAAAACUAAUAUGUAUUAGAAUUGUGGACUAGUAAACUUUAAGUAUAGUUUCUUACAAGGUACAUAAAAACUUUCUAUAAUUUAUAAAGUGCCUGCUGAGAUCAUAUGAGUUAAAAUUUUGUAAAAAUAUUUAGUGACCAUUGUGUUGCGUGUGUUUCAUAUAAUUACUUCAAAAUAAAUACUUAGUAUGUAUUAGGAAAAUGAAGUGACUCUUCAGAUACAUACGUCUGAUUGUAAUCGUAUUGUGUGCGUACAAUAAACAAAUUAAUUAACUCGAAACGAAGAGUUGAAAGUCUAGAACGGAAUCAAACGUUAAAUCAAUUUAAUUCUUGUUUAUCAGCCAGUUGAUUCAAAUAUACGCGUAACUACGUGAUAGGUGACUUUAGAUUUAUGUAUGCGUGUACAAGAAGUGUAUAAUGUUGCGCGAAACUACGACCGAUGUAUUUUUCUAAAGAAGAAUCGGCGGCCUUUUCAAAGCAACCACCAUUUUUCUAAAGUCGAAUCCUAUCUUCUUAUACAUAGAAUGUAUCGGAAACUGUGCCUCUAAGUAAUUCGACUGCAUUUUUCUGUAAAGAUAACCGCUUUCUCGACCGGAGUAUCCCGUAUAAAUUAAUAUAGGAUUUUUUGUUUAUUGUCUCUAUAUUAGAGACGACCUCUAGAACUAUCGAUGUACGUACCUACUCUUCGUAUUCCUUUAAACCCUUCGACCCAAUACUGCUCUUAUAACCGACAGAAAUUUCGUUCAAACAUAAUAUUUAUAAAUUAUUGAUUUAAGUUAUGAUUUUCAUAAUAAGCUUAAGCUUCGUAAGCUUCGAAACUUCUAAUUUAUGUUGUAAAUCAAAAUCUGUAUGUCGGUGCAGUGUACAGCAGCGAGAAGAGAACAUGUAAUAUGAGAGGGAUUACUUCUUUUAUAAUGAUUGUAAUUUACACUUACUUUGAUAUGCCAUAGUAAACUGUGCAGUUACUAGUGUGUAACUUAAAAUCCUUUUCUAGUAGGCUUCAUUUAGGUAUUAUUAUUGUACGAUUUUUGUGUUAAAUUGUAGUUGGAUUGCGAAGGGUUUGUUAAUUUCCGGUUCUAAAAAUCGAAAGAAAAGUAUGUUAGUUGUUGGAAACUGCCACUCAGUGAAUCCUACGAUAUGUUUCAUAUUGCGAUUAUAACAAUGUAUAGUGUGACACGAGUUAAGUUAUUAAAUAAUUAUUUAUUACCAAGAAA